AUGGAGGUGGCCAACGGAUUCGACGUCACAAGAGCUUCUCGGCCUUCACCACGCACCGCAGGCGGGAGCUCCUUCCUCCCCGCCGUCGGUGUCGCCUGCUGCCUUGAGGCUCAACCUGUAACCGCCUGUAGAUCAAAAUUGCGGUUGAGCCUCAAGGCAGCAGGCGGCGCCGACGGCGGGGAGGAAGGAGCUGAACAUGGAGUAGAUCUCAAAUCGAGGGUGAUGUUGGCAACGGUUCGGAUAGCGCUAAGGAUGCAAACCUCCUGCCUGCGGUGCGUGGUGAAGGCCGAGAAGCUCUUGUGA